GUAUAAAUCUCAUCUGGACCCAUUUUCUCAGUCACGGUCACAUUAAUAUUUAUCACAAAUUUUUUACAACUGUUUAUUUUCAUUUUUAAUGAGUUUGAACUUGAGCACAAUCCAUUGUUGAAAAAUUAAAUAUAUAUAUAUUAAACAACGGAAAUUGUGCCGGUAACAUAAUGUUACAAAUUAAAAGUACCAUAAUACGGAAAUAAAUAAACUUUACAAUGAUAUAUAAAAACAUAAUAAAAGUUUAACUUGAUUUUCAAUCAGCAAUAACUUUAUAUAACAUAGGUAUUAAUGUUGUAUCGUUGUUGUAACCAAAUGCUUAAGGAUAAAAAGAGCAACUAAAAGUCAAAGUGGUGGAACAUGGUUGAAAAUGUCAGCAAUUCUAGCUCUGCUUGCGAUAACAGUUCAAAUAAAAAUGGUUUCAGGCAUUGGAAAUGACACAAUCAAUGUGAAAGUUCAAAAAUGUGCAACUGCUGUUUUCAAAUGUUCCAGUUCUGGCGCUGGUGUGACCUGGUUAGGGCCAGAUAUCAACAAUGAUGUACAAAACAAUUUAGUUUACUUUGCAGAUAAAAAAAGAAACCCAAAGCUGAACCAAGGAAAAUAUGUAUUUCACGAAAAUAAAGGAGGUUAUGAACUGAUUAUCACAAAUUUUCAGAAAGGAGACAUUGGUUUUUAUUUCUGCAGAUUUAAUAAUGAUGGACUUUUUUAUGAGACCAAGUAUAACGUAUAUUUAGAAGACAGAGCAAAAGAAACCACGACAACAAAUUGUACGGCUCAAAGUUUAGGGAUCACAACAAGUUUUCCAAUGAUAAUAAAGACAACCAAUUUUCAAUUUCCAAAAAAUCAACAAGGAAACAAUGAACAGACAUUAGUAAUUUUGCUUGUAAUGAUUCCUGUUGUUCUGUUUGGAGGUUGUAUUACAAUUGUUGGACUAGCAAAAGUGAAGGGGACAUCUAUUGAUGAAAUGUUGAGAUCCUUUCUUUUCACAUGUCGAAGAGUUACAAAAAGGCAUGCAUCAAAUGAAGAAAUUAAUGAACAAGAUAAUACUGUAGAAAAUCAGAUGUACCAGAAUUCAAAUGUCCAACCAAAUGGAAAUUCAUCCGAAACGGAAAUACCAUUUCCUGACAGAACAGUUCAUGAUGCAGAUCUUGAUGUUUCUGAUGACACUGGUGCUACCAGCAAUUACAGAAAUACCACUGAGUCAACUGCAGUUAAAUUAUAUGAAUGCACUCCAGGCUUACACUAUGCAGAGGUUUCAAUUAAGCAAGUUGGGUCACAGCAAAUUAAAAUUCAUGGGAUAGAAAACAGGACAAUUUACACCGGAAUAGAUCAUUCACUGAAUAGAGUGGUUGUACAGUCAGACUAUAGUGAUAAUGACAGUGAAGAUGAUUUUAUCUUUAUUCAAAACCUUGAUGUGAACAGUCGUAAUUACGAAAAUACUUGUCUGUAAUCAAUGACAUCAGACAAACUGUUAAAUUGAUAUCAUAAUAAUGCAUAAAAAAGUGCAAUUCUCUAUAAUGCUUUUAAAUCUGUACAAAUUACUAACGCUUUAUAUAUUUGAUCAAUUUAAAAUUUAAUCCUUUAAUGGGAAAGCUCUUGCAUGCCUCUUAUUUUUCUGGUUUAACUAAAUAAAUACAAACAAAAAAACGAAUACCGUAAGUUUUACAAAUCUUGAUUCCAGUUUUAUUUGAAAGUCCAUUUUAGACAUGUUAGAUGAGGUGUUUGUUUGUAUUUCCUAAAAGGACUAUUAUGAAAACGUUUUCUUCGUAAAUAUUAGAUCAUCAAUAUCCAGUUUCAAAAGAAAAUUAACUUAAACAUACUUUGUUUGAACACAAUAACUAUACAUUCGGAUAACCCAGAAUCGUACUCAUAUGGAAACGGAAAAGUAGCACUUACUUCUUAAAUAGGACAUACAUAUAUCUCCAAUAAAGGAGAUUCCACGCAACUCAAACAGGUACAUGUACUAGGAGAUAUUCAACAAUAUGAAUGUAAAGAUAUAAAUUAAUAACAGAAAUGGUCGAAUUCCAUGGGAAUGUUUUGAAACAGAUACAUACCUUUUUAUUCGCGCUAUUCACUGACUAUGUAGCUCUACAUUGAAUAAGUAGAGGGCAAACAGUGAGAUAAAAAGAGAUAAAAAAGUUCACAUAUUAUCUACUUUUAAUUCCUUUUGUUAAUGAAAGCGCAUUAAAGACACCAUAUAGUUUAUUCCAUAUCUUGUUUCUAUAUACAUGUAUUUCAUCUUUGCCAUCAAACACAUCUUUCUUUCAAAAAGAUCUCGAUGUUCUUAAUGAUUUAAAAACUAGACUGUGCUCUUUUUAAGAUUACUUAAUUUAUUGAUGCUUUGUAUAGACACACGAUGCCGAAUAAAGCUUACAUAUACCCCCAUAUCGGUGAUUACAUUUAAAAACAUUUUACAGUCGUGAUCAAAAUGUUAUCUUAAAUGUAUAAUUAUUAUUUGAAAAAAUGUAAGUAGUUCUCAUCUAUUUGAUAUUUCUUUUCUUUCUAAAGUAGAACAUUGUAGACCAAAAUCAUUACAGAAUCAUAGAUUUAAAGUGUUUUUCCUACUGAUAAAAGUCUCAACAUUAUUACAUAACUCCACACCGAGAAAAAGUUAUUAAAUGAAUUUUUCGUGUGGACUAUGUUAAAUGCGUAAUAACCUCGCUCAAAUACUGCCUAUUUUAUUUUUUCAAAAGAAUUUCUCAGGCGCGUUUUCUGAUUUCAUUUUGUAUUCAACAUCAGUUGCAGCUAC